GCAUGUGAAUCACGCACCAUAGCAAACGCAGCUCAACUAUUUUAUGAUGAUUGUCCCCAAAAACCCUAAUAUAGAAAUAUAGAUAAUAGAUAUGUGCAAAUCCUGUUACAUGUUAAUAAAAAUAAUUUAUAAAUGAAGUGCAUUGCUGGACCUGUCUUAGGCAUCUUCCACAAAACUUGAAUUGCAUUGGCUAUUAACACUCUCAUUUGUUUGGCAUGCCUGAAACCCAAGAAUGCACCCCAGAUUCUUAAAUUCCUCUCUCUCUCUCUUUAUAUCAAAAUAUUAUGGGGAAUAUUGUGAGAGAGCAAGCUCAUCCUCUUUCUCUCUCAAAACCUAGAUUUGGCUCAACUUAAGGUUUCAAGAUUUCUCUUUCUCCUUGCAAAACUCAAUUUCUCUCUACUUCAUCUUCUUCAACUUCAACUGGUUUAGCUGCUGUGAUUCUUCAUAAUUUGGUAGCCUCUUCAAGAAUUUGUAUCAGGUGGGAAUAGUAAAAAGGUGAUUUGAUUAUCAGAAUUGUUAUGUGAUCUACUUUCUUAUCAAAUUUCUUGGGAAAGAAGGGAUCAUUUUAUUCAUUUCCCAAAUCCAAAUCCAAAUCUAUUCAUCCUACAUAUUCGGGGUAUUCUUCAAGCAACAUUAAACUCCAAUGGGGAAUCUUCUUAGGCCGUACGAUAAGGAGUAUAUGAGGAUGGCUAUCUUAAAACAUGAAGAAACUUUCAAAGAACAGGUGUACGAACUGCAUCGUCUAUAUCGAAUCCAGAAGACAUUGAUGAAAAGCAUGGAAAGCAGCCGGCCUAAAGGAAACUUUAGCUUGAAGAAUAAUUAUCACCAUGGAAAUAUCAAUAUGCAUCAAAAUACAAGAACCAGACUUGACUUGGAACAUCCGGCGGCUGAGGGUGAUCAUCGGUCAAACAAUGUUGUUGCAGAACCAGACUAUGGUCGUAACACAAUAUUAGAAUCCAUAGAUGAGAGCGAGAUUGAGCUUACUUUAGGCCCCACAAGGUACGUGCCGAGGAAGAAACAUGGGACUCCUCGAACUUCGGAUUCCGGUCCGAGCUUCUCUUCUUCUUCCACCGAAUCCAGUCAUGUGAAGAAGACAAGCACAACAGGGGAAGAUUUCACUGGAAAUGAGCAGAUGGGACUUUUCAAGGUCACUGAUAUGACAUUUGGGUACCCAAAUGGGAGUAAAAACAACACUGAUCUUGAAGAACAGUUGAGACAGGAGAGAUUAAAACAGCCACCUUGGCUUUUCCAAGUUCUAAGCAUGAAUAUGACUUAAACAAAAAAGAAAAAGAAACUAUCAUCCAAGUCGAUAUGAUUAGAUUUUAGACUGUUUCUUAUCGACUAAUUUCCUGUGAUUGAUGUUUGUGUGGAAGUUUCUUCUUAGUUUCUUUUUUAGCAAUGGAGCAUUUUGUAAAGAUCACUUGUUUCCUUGACUUGCAAAAAAACCCUCUAAUUUGUUGAGCUCCACUUUCAAAUCAGUCCAUUUCCGAGUCCCACUUGGGGAAGACUUUUGAGUACACAGCACACCUUUUUAUUAGUUCUCUUUAAUUUGAUCAACCUUUGCUAUA